UUUUUCCUUUUUUUUUUUGGGUUCUUUUUUUGAAUUUUCUUUCAAUUUAUUUUCUUUGGAUUAAAGAAAAAAGAGAGACAUGGGCAAGCAUGGACCUUGCUAUCACUGUGGUGUAACAAACACCCCGCUUUGGCGCAAUGGGCCUCCAGAGAAGCCAGUACUCUGCAAUGCCUGUGGAUCCCGAUGGAGGACAAAAGGAACCCUUGAAAACUAUACCCCUCUACAUGCAAGGGUAGAUGGUGAUGAUGCUGAGGACUACAGGGUUUCCAGAGUGAAGAGCAUAUCUAUUAACAAAAACAAAGAAGUGAAGCUGCUCAAGAGAAAGCAAAAUCAAGAUAAUGUGGUGGUUAAUGGUGUUGCCUCUGAUUAUAGCCAAGGUUCCCGGAAGGCUAUAGAUGAAGAUACAAGUAACAGAUCAAGUUCUGGGUCUGCCAUAUCUAACUCUGAGAGCUGUGCACAGUUUGGCAGUGCAGAUGCAAGUGAUUUGACAGGUCCUUCCCAAUCCAUUGUGUGGGAUACAAUGGUACCUUCAAGGAAGAGGACAUGUGUGAAUCGUCCAAAGCCAUCUUCAGUCGAGAAGCUAACAAAGGAUUUAUGUACGAUUUUGCAUGAACAGCAAUCUUCGUACUUCUCUGGAUCGUCUGAAGAGGAUUUGCUUUUUGAGAGUGAGACACCAAUGGUCUCUGUUGAAAUAGGACAUGGAAGUGUUCUUAUCAGGCAUCCAAGUGCAAUAGUUCGAGAAGAGGAAUCUGAAGCUAGCUCUCUUUCAGUUGAUAACAAAUCAUACCUGGUAAAUGAGGUUUAUUCACGCAUUGGCGCCCUUCCUGUAAAUACAAACAAUAAGGGCAUCAAUUUUCCAAGUCCUGGGCUUGAAAAGAUGAAGAAGCCUGCUGGACUGGGGAUGCAACAAGAGCAAACAAAGAGGGACAAGUCUCAGCACGAAAAAUUGCAAAUCCUAGCAAAUCAUAAUUCACCUCUGCGUUCCAUAGAUCUAAAAGAUGUAGUUAACUUUGAGGAGUUUGUUGGACAUUUGACAAAUGAAGAGCAGCUGCAGUUACUGAAGUAUCUACCUUCAGAGGAUACUGCCAAACUUCCUGACAGUCUUAAAAGCAUGUUCGACAGCCCUCAGUUCAAGGAAAGCCUUUCUUUCUUCCAGCAGCUGCUCGGGGAAGGGGUCUUUGAUACCUCUUUCCCAGGGGUGAAAGCUGAAGACUGUAAGACUUUGCAGAGGCUUGCAUUGUUGAAUUCUGAAAAAUCCAAAUGGGUGGAACACUAUAAUUUACUUAAGAAAUGUAAGAAUAGUACUGGAGUGUCUGUAGUUGUGGGAGAACCUAAGGCCAUUGCAGCAAGUAAUUUUGCAAAUGCCAAGAGAUCUCGUGAUGCCCAAAAUCAAAAUUUUUCAGAAGCAAGAACUACGAUGAAGAGCCCGAGAAGGGUGAUUAUGAAGGCAGUAGAAAAGGAACAUAUAGACAAUGAAGGCUCUAGCUUCAGUCCAAGAAGUCUAUUUGCCUUGCCUCCUGAUGGUGGCUCUCUUGAGCUGGAUUCAUUCACCUUUGGUGAUGAAAUUUCUGAUCAUGAUCUACUGCUGGAUGUGCCAUCCAACAACUCAUUCCCACAGGCAGAGCUCCUUCAUCCAGGUUCGGGCUUUGGCACCCAACUGCAAAGCACUAGUAGUAGCUCAGCAUACCCUCAUCUUUUGCGUCCCUGACAAUGAUGUUAAACACUACUUUAAUCCUUAGGGCUAUGUAGGUAUUUCUUCUGCCAAAAACCCAUUAUGGGUCCACAUAUUUUGCAUGCCAAAAACACAAAAAAGGAGUUAAUGUGAAUGAGGUUUGAUGGUUGCUCUUUUUUUCCUUGACCUAUAUUGAACUUAGAAUGCUAAGGAGAUGAUGUGGGUGGGCUUUUUGUAUAGGUUGACAAAAGGUUGUAAUAUAUAGCUCAAAAUGCAGAAGAGAUGGUAAGUUGCAGAGUUUUGUAUGCAAUUUAGUUUUCUUUCUUUUCCUUUUUCAUUGCAAAACAACUUUGUAACACUCUUAUAUUGGCUUGCUUUAAUGGUUUUUUGGAUUUA